UAAAUCGGCCUUUCCAAAUUCUUCACCAUACAUCCGUGGUAGGGGUGCUAUAAACUAGCUUUUUGAAGCUGUCUUCAUCGUCAGACAAUACAUAAAGUAUAUACGCUAUGGGUGAUAACGAAGAGGUUGAAACUUUCGCAUUUCAGGCUGAAAUUGCUCAGCUAAUGAGCUUGAUUAUCAACACAUUCUACUCUAACAAGGAAAUUUUUCUCAGGGAGCUGAUUUCUAACUCCUCAGAUGCUUUGGACAAAAUCAGAUAUCAAUCUUUGACAAAUGCAUCAGUUUUGGAAUCAGGACAAGACUUAAAAAUUGAUAUUAUCCCAAACAAGGAUGAGAAAACCAUCACCAUAUUUGACAGUGGUAUUGGAAUGACGAAGGCAGAUCUUGUGAACAAUCUUGGUACAAUUGCAAAGUCUGGAACAAAAGCCUUUAUGGAGGCUCUACAAGCUGGGGCUGACAUUUCUAUGAUCGGACAAUUUGGUGUUGGUUUUUAUUCUGCUUACCUGGUUGCAGAUAAGGUUGAAGUUAUUACUAAAAAUAAUGAUGAUGAACAAUAUAUCUGGCUCUCGUCUGCAGGUGGAUCUUUUACAGUUCAACGCGAUACUGUAAAUGAACCAAUUGGACGGGGAACAAAAAUCAUUCUACACAUGAAGGAGGAUCAACUGGACUAUGCUGAUGAGAAAAAGCUCCAAGAUAUUAUUAAAAAACACAGUCAAUUCAUUGGAUACCCUAUUGGCUUGCAAAUGAAAAAGACCAGAGAUAAGGAAGUGAGUGAUGAUGAAGAUGAUGAAAAAGAAAAGGAAGACAAGGAAGGUGAAGAUAACGAAGAUGAUGGACCAAAGAUAGAGGAUGUAGAGGAUGAAGACAAAAAGGAUGAGAAAAAGAAAAAAACAAUAAAGGAGACAUAUUAUGAAAUGGAGCAAAUUAACAAAACCAAGCCUUUGUGGACCAGGAAUGCUGAUGACAUCAGUUCUGAAGAAUAUGCUGAAUUUUAUAAAAGCUUGACUAAUGAUUGGGAAGAACAUCUUGCUGUAAAACACUUUUCUGUUGAGGGUCAACUAGAAUUUCGUGCUAUUUUGUUUGUUCCGAAGCGUGCUCCCUUUGAUUUAUUUGAAAAUAAGAAACAGAAAAAUGCUAUCAAAUUGUAUGUCCGACGUGUGUUUAUAAUGGAAAAUUGUGAGGAAGUCAUGCCAGAAUGGUUAAAUUUUGUGAAAGGCGUUGUUGAUUCUGAAGAUUUGCCAUUGAAUAUCUCACGAGAAAUGUUGCAGCAAAGCAAAAUUUUAAAAGUUAUUCGUAAAAAUUUGGUCAAAAAAUGUCUCGAACUGUUUGCAGAAAUUUCUGAAGAUAAAGAUAAUUACAAAAAGUUUUAUGAGCAGUUUAGUAAAAACAUAAAAUUAGGUAUACAUGAAGACACUCAGAAUCGAAACAAAGUGGCUGACUUGCUUAGAUACUCUUCUUCUGCUUCUGGAGAUGAAUUUACAUCCUUUAAGGAGUAUGUGUCCCGCAUGAAGGAAAACCAAAAAGACAUUUAUUAUAUUACUGGUGAAAGUAAAGAAAUUGUAGCUGCUUCUGCAUUUGUGGAAAAGGUUAAGAAGAAGGGAUUUGAAGUGUUAUAUUUGGUUGAUCCUAUUGAUGAGUAUGCUGUACAGCAACUUAAAGAAUAUGAUGGGAAGAAACUUGUUUGUGUUACUAAGGAAGGGUUAGAAUUACCAGGAGAUGAAGAUGAGAAAAAGCAUCAGGAAGAACAAAAGGCAGAAUUUGAAGAUCUUUGCAAGGUUAUUAAGGAAAUUUUGGAUAAAAAGGUUGAAAAAGUGGCUGUGUCCAAUCGCUUAGUUGAUUCGCCUUGUUGCAUUGUUACGAGCACUUAUGGAUGGUCUGCCAAUAUGGAACGUAUUAUGAAGGCACAAGCUUUACGCGAUUCCAGUACAAUGGGUUAUAUGGCCGCAAAGAAACACUUAGAAAUUAAUCCUGAUCAUCAAAUUAUGAUUUCCUUAAAGAAAAAAGUUGAAGCAGACAAAAAUGAUAAAUCUAUUAAGGAUUUAAUUGUCCUGCUGUACGAAACGUCAUUAUUAUCUUCUGGGUUCACUUUGGAAGAUCCACAAAACCACGCUUCGCGUAUUCAUAGAAUGAUAAAACUGGGACUUGGCGUGGAUGAUGACCCAGCGGUUGAAGAAAUCGAAACUGACGAUAUGCCACCAUUGGAGGGGGAUGCAGCCGAAGAUGAAGACAAAGCUAGAAUGGAGGAAGUUGAUUAACUUCAACGAGAAAUAGCAUCAAUGAAAAUACCUUUGCAGUUUUGAAGCACCGCACCCAAUUCUCGCAAAGGACAAUUCGAUUUUGUUAAUGUUUGUAGAAAUUGUUGUCUUUUAAGAUCUGAGGUGUACAUGUUAAA